AUGAAGUACAGCGGGCUCUACUUUAUCCCGACCCCGACUGCGCAACCCGCCGACUCGUCCACCACCGCCGCAGCCCUGGUCUCCGCGCUUGAAACCCUCUUCCCCACGCUGUCCCGCGCCGCACCGUGGUCCCUCGUAUACCGCCUCUUCCGCGACACAGCGCCGCGCACCGAUCCCUCCGACACGCCCGCCCAGCACGCACACACAUACCAGCACAUCCUCACGAACACGGCGCUGGCCCCGCAGCGCGCCUAUGUGCACGUGACGCCGCCUGCGACAGGCGCGGACGGGAGUCAGCAUGGCACCGGCGUAGUCGCAGCGAUACCGGCCUCGCAGGCCGAGGCCCGCGCGCUGCUGCUGCGGCACCAACUCGCCGCGCUCUGGACGCCGCGGCACACGCUGUCGGUGCAGAGCGGGGCCGCGUACAGCGGCGGGCUGUUUACGAUCCACAUUGGCGAAGUGAGGGCACUGCGCGAGGGCCAGGGCGGCGGAGUCAGCAGUCCCGGGGUGGUGGUGUGCAUUGCGACGACGGCCGGCGGGGACAGUGAAGCGGGACACAGUGGGGGCGAGAAGGCCGAGGCUGAGCAGAACGGCGUCGAGGCCGUCGACUUCGAGUUCGCGCAGGCCACGAUCCGCGAGCUGUGGGGCCAGAUCAGAGCUCGCCAGGAACCAGCGCGCGCCGAAGUGAAAGAAGUCUUCAUGGUGCCGCAGGAGGGCGGGACGAGCGACGAGACCAACGCAACGGUGCGGAUGUGGUGCGAGGUGCUGCGGCUGCGAGGGUGA